AAGUUGCCACCACUGUACUAGAUGCGAGUGCUUCAGUGGCAUGUGCUUGAUUUUGAGAAAAUCAGAACUCUUCAGAUUAGCACUAGGAGUACUCACCAUGUUUAUUUUAUGUUUACCUGAGUUUUUCAAAGUCCAUGAAGCUAACACUGUAGUUGUAUCAUGCAUGGAUACCUGUUCAUUAAAUAACACCACCUUUCCACUUUGUACUUUUAAUAAUUCUUGCAAAAGACCGCUGCAACAAAAAAGAGAAAAUCAGAUCGUCUUACUGAAGACCAUUGUAAAUCAUUCAAAUUUCCAAAAUAUUCCAUGUAUUUGCCUGUCCUCCGGUAGGGAACAACAGUCAAAUGCUAAGUACUCAGAGUCUGAAUCCAGCAGAGAUGUGAAGGUUGAUCAUCAACAAUCAAGAUCAAUAAAUAAAAAAAUUCUGAAAGCAAAAGACUCAUCUGAAGUGAACACAAAAGAUGCUAUUUUUUUUAAUAAAUAUUUUAAUUUCACUAUGCUUCAUGCAAAUGAAGAAGUAGGGCAUAAUACCUGCUACAUCCUGGAAAUCCACAUCAACAGCUCUUUAGUCAGAGGAAGAAAUGCAGCUGAAGAAUACCUAAAUCACACUUGUCUCAUGGCUAUGAUCAACGACCAAAAUGACUGUAUGAAUAUUUCACUGCAACUGAAAUCUUACGUGGAAUAUCCCAUGUGUAUGACGAAGAUCAUUUGGCUCAGUAUGAUUCCAGUUGUUAUUGUCUUGACUGUUUCAAUCGUCAUCUACAAAAUAGUCCAAGAAAAUGGCCAAAACUACUGUAAGCACAGAGGAGCAGCAACAGUUUCUACUAUUCAAAGGAAAAGUGGUUCCAGACAUGCAGUAAGAACCAUUUCUGCUACUAAAGUUCAUCUAUUUCCUGAGAAGACAAACAAACAACAGAUUCCACUUACUGCACAGGCCAUGAAGAUACUUCCCAUAAUUCCUGAACAAGAACAUUGUCAUCUGAGUACCUCAACUGUUGAAAUCAUGUGGAACCAUACGCAGCAAAGUUGUGCAUUGACAGCAGAGCUAAAGAAGCAAUUUGGAGCAGUAAUGCUGGCAAAAUAUGAGGUGGUACCAUAUGAAAUACAAUUCAUUUUGCAUGAAAGGAAAAAAACAAACAAACAAACAAACAAUACACCACAGAAGACAGCAUCUCCAUCGCAAUUUUGGGAACUCUGUUAUCCAUCUUUUCAGGAGAAUGCCAGCUGUGCAGUUUAUUUGAGAAGCUUCAUUUUAUCUAACAGAACUACUUCGUAUUAAGAAAAUAUGAAUGAUGGGUGAACACAUUUUGCUUUACAAUCAUCUUCAGUAGUAAAUUAUAGAUUUCCCAUCUAUUUUCUGUUCAUUCAGGAUUUAUGCUUAAUCAUAAGGUUCUGAGAUAAUCCAUGUGAUAAUUUAUUUCCCCAACUGGGAGAAAAUUUAUAAUCUCCAUGGUAUAAAAUAGCGACAAAAGAUAGAAAUGAACCUGUAUUUUCAUGAAAUGAAAAAUAGUUUUCAGCUUUUUUUAAAUCUCUAGGUGACUGAGAUGCUUAAGAGAUAAUUUCUGUCUGUUGAAGAAGAUGGCCAACGGAAUACAGAAGGAGAGAGUUCUGCAGUACAUUUUAAUUUCUGCAGCAAACUAGGAAGACACAUAAAUUCUGCAACAUCUCAGAGGAUAAAGAAGAGAAAUGUGGAAAAUUUGUACAUGUGGCUUAAAUCCACUAAAUCAUUAUUAUUGUUUUAUUUUAUAAACCAUUAAGAUGCCAAAUGGGUUUUGUACUUUUUGAAAAAUUGCAUUUCUAUUUUUUGGAUUAGCUUAGGUCAUUAGUAUUCAAACGCAUUAUCUCCUGGAACUUUUCCUUACUUUCCAUUUAUUACUGCUCCUCUGAGCAUAAUGGAGCUGUUUGGGCUGAGCAGGGUCCCAAACUCAUUCGGCUCUAACAUGUUAUUUGCGCGUAUAAUCUAACCAUAAAUUAUUAGGCAGAGACAGAAAUUGCAAAGCUAGGGCUUCAGACUCCCUUGUGCUAAAUCCAUCAGGAUGAACAGAUUGUAAACUGCCCAUUGCAAAUAUGAUAUGCAGCAAUUUAGCGUCAUGCUAAUACUCCAUAACCUCCAUCCCUUACAUUUAUAUAGCUUUUCCCUCCUGAAGCUUUCUGAAAUUGCUUCUCCAGCCAUUACACUGCAUGAUGCAGUUCAGAUUUAAUAGGAAUAGUUGUGAACAUUAGCUUCAGAAUAAUUUGAGCCCGUACAGAUUUUUUUAAAUUUAGUUGUAUGAAACUGUAACAUUUGUUUCUAUUGUUUGUUACCAUCUUAGAAAAAGAGUCAAAGAAAAAUACUGACUUUUUUGAUUUAGGAGCUUUUGAGGCUUCAUUGCUUAUCUAUGGUAAUAACUUAAAGCUUUUCAGAAAUGGAUUUUUUAAUGCAGUCUAUAAAAUAAACCUCUUUUUUUUUUUUUUUUCCCCCUUUCUGUGGAACUGCUACUUACAGAUGGAAGAGAAAAACCUAUCUAAAGUCACUGUAGAAUUACUAAGGCCAUUUGAUGCUUCAGACGAUGGCACUAUCUAUCACUCUUCCCCUUCGGUAAUCCUGGGAUUUUGGCGGUAGAGAUAGCCUUGCUCCUUGUGACCCUAAUUUAAUUUCCUUUCUCCUGUAAUUUCUUUCUUAAUUUCUCUCUCUUUUUUUUUUUUUUUUUUUUUUUUUUUUUGUUGUUGUUGUUGUUGCCUAUAGCCUCCCCCUUUUUUUCCUCCUUGGAGGGCUAAGCAGUGACUUUAUUACCCACAGGUUUCCAACAGCUUCCUAAGUGUUUUACUACCUUGGAAGUUUGCAUCUCUUGAGUUAUCACUGUGAAACACCAUGAACAAGUAAAAAGUUUUAAUUUCUCUUGAGUAGAGCUUACCUGGUUU